UACCUUAUUAAAUAAAUUUUUGACUACGUUUUAUAUGAAAAAAUGAUUUUAUUUUCACUUUUGUGAUUGUGUGUUUUUUCUUUGUUUUUAUUGUUUGCGUUGAGGUCCAAAAAUUAAAUCUGAAUAACUUCUUAAAAUGUACGAAAAGAAAGUAUUUGUACAAUACUCAAAUAACAUUAAUGAUGUUAUUAAGCAGCCUCUUCAGUUGACUCAGAGAAUAAAGUUCACUUGUUUCGAUGUAUCAACUAAAUUAAUUGUUUUUGGGGCAACAAGUGGAGGAAUUUAUAUUUACAGUAUAGAACCAUGUCAUUUCAUCAAAUUAAUUCCUACAAAGGAGGGUGCUGCAACUAUUGUAAGCAUAUCACAUGAUGAAAGUAUUAUAGCUGUUGCAAGUAGUAAAGGUUUAAUUUUAAUGGUUGAAAAUUUCAUGACUGAAAAUAAUACCUUUUAUAAAACAUUUACUGAACAUGAAGGAAAUAUUAUUAGCACUUUAAAAUGGCAUGAAAAUCAGUUGUAUUGUGGUGAUAAUGUUGGAAAAGUAUCAGUUACAGACAUGGGUAACAAUUUUGCAAAAGUUUUGUUCCAAUCUCCAUGUCUAUCAUUAAUGGAACUGGAUUCUAGCAUUGUCCAGAUCGAUUGUUUUACAAAAUUUCUUUUAAUUUCGACCCAAACUCGUACGUAUUUGUGUGAUACAGAAAAAGAGCAAUAUAGACAAAUCGGUAAAAAAAUGAGAGAUGGCCAUUACGGAGCUUGUUUUCUAAAUAAAAAUUCAUCAAAUGACAGUAAAUCAGUAGGAAAAACUUUAAGCGAAGAUAACACAUUGGAAAAUAUUAAAAUCUAUUGUGCAAGACCUGGAGCUAGACUAUGGGAAGCAAAUUUUGACGCUUCCGUGGUUUACACUCAUCAAUUUAAAAGUUCUCUUGGAGUCGUUCCUCCUACGACUAUUGUUCGUUUAGAUGAAAAUUUAGAAUCUCAUUUGGAUUUAGUAGAAUUUAAUAAUGCAAGAGAAAUGAUUCCAGAAAGUUUUAAUUUCGCACAAAUUUUUGUCUUUCUCGAUAGGUACAUUUUCACUUACUUAGAACAAGGCUUAUAUAUUUUUGAUCCUGAAUCUGUGCAAUUGUGCUAUUGGACUAAUUAUUAUCAGCGGAUAAAAGACAUAAAAUUGUACAAGAAUUUCAUUUAUGUAUGGACAGCUAGCGAGUUUUACGUUAUUUCUUUGAUGACGGUGGAAAAUCUAGCUGUAAAAACAUUAAUAGAUAGACAGUAUUACGUAUGCGCAGAACUUUGCGCCUACUAUCUAGAACAUUUAAUGACCAUUGUGGAGUCUUCUGACAAAAUUUACUUACUUAGCGCUUUAAGAGAAAAAUUAAAAGUAUUAGAUGCAACAGAACUGCUUCACAAUAUCUUGCCAUUGUUAGACUUUAUUAAGGAAAAUAACAACAAAAUUAAAGCGCAAAGACUUCAGUCUGGCAUGAUUGUACUUAAUUCCCAUCUGGUGGACCAUCACGUUAUUGAUAAGUGCGAGGAAAGGCCUAAAAACGAUCAAAACGUAAUAAAUAAGAAAACAUUCCAAACGAUAAAAGAAAUGAGCUCGAAUUUUACCGAAAAGAUAAGCGAGAGCACGAAAAAUUUAAAAGAAAAAGUUGAAAAUAACUUUAGUACGGCUGUGAAUAUAAUUGCUCCAGACAAUAACAGUAUCCACGACGAUAAAACCAAUGAGAGCUGUGAUGUAACGGUAGUUAAUAAAAAUCCUAAAGAAGAGCAGGAUACCAUGAGGAUAUUGUUAGAGCAGUAUAAAAUUAAUUUAGUCCAUGAAAGUGUAGAGUUACCAGUGUUCAGUGAUAUUUUAGCUAAGAGUACUUACGAUGAAGUUAUCGAAAUGUUCGAUCAAUUUAUUAAUCUGGAAUCUCAUGAAAAUUCUGAAGAAAUAAAUCUUACCCCACGCAUUUGGUGCAGUAAUCAGUAUUUAAAAUGGGUUUCAAAAAAUUCGCAGAGCAUCGAUUCUUUGGACUCAACUUCUAAAGCCUUUCAGUACUUAUUAGAGUCAUUCGUUGCCCUUAACUUUAAAGACAAUUUAAAUUGUUCUUGUAAUUUUCCGUUACCGAUAGCUCAUACUACCCGAAUAAAGUAUUUUAUAUUAGGCUGUGCAAUUGUAAAAAAAUUGGGGAAGAACCGAACAGAGCAAAUAAACGAUAUAUGUUUAAAAGUUCCUUCACUUUUGAAGUACGUUCUAAGAGAGUUACGUGCCGAUGACGAUGUUGUCUCUCUUUUGCCUUAUCUAUUGCAAUUUGGUGAUAGUGAAUUAUUAUCCUAUUUCGCAAUUAAGUUGACCUACGACCAGUGGGACGAAGCAGUUAAAAUGAUGAUCAAAUUAGGGAAUAAUAUAUGUUUAAAUUGUGGUAAGACUUUCCCCGAAGACAUGCGAGAGUUUAUUUUGAAUUGGACUUCGUUUGGUAAUCUUUUGGUAAAAUCUAUCGGAGGUCCAACAGCUGUUAGACUUUUGAAACGGUAUUCGAAAUUUAUUCCUCCGAAUUCAUUAGACGAGAAGUUUUACAAGUUGUGCAUAUUUUCGACUAUAUUUGAAGGUAUGCAUGAUGGCUUAAGAAAUCAGGCUGUGAAUUUGGCAAAUGACUGCCAAGAAGAUGAUGCUGUAAAAGGAGAGUUUAAUGAAUUGUUGAAGAACUUUUUAAAUAAGAAGUAUUUGCAAGCAAAGUCGCUUAAUAUUUUUCAAAAUGGAAUAAUUAAUAUCGACACGAAAUGUUCCCGAUGUGGUUUGCCAUUUAAUAACAUUAUUUUAGAAAAAACUGUUAGAUUGAAGUGUGGCCAUGUGUAUCACGCAUUUUGUAAGUUCAAAACGCCUGACAUCUGCGAAAUAUGUACAUGAAAUAAGUUUGUAUAAUUGAAAAUUUAAAUAAACUGAUUUUAAAUCGU